CUGUUGGUGGAUUGUCGGAUAAACAGUGAUGUAUGUAGAUCCCUGGGCUAUAUAAGCCAACCGGUUAAUGGCCUCAGUGUUCAGUUUCUGGUGCCGUUCUGAGAUAACAAUUUCCCAGUUGUUUUGCACAAUGGUUCCAGUAGUGGCUUUGUUACUGAUCCAGGCUCUGAUUGCUGAAUCUGCCUUUACCGAAGCCAAUUCUCCGUCCUAUCUCAAAUGUAACAAGUCGUGCUUAAAGGAAAGAGUAGAUUGUACGAAUGAAUGUCGUGUCGACUAUAUCCGGAGCAGAAGGGGGUUCAUGGAAUGCGCGACAGAAUGUACGGAGGACUUUGUAGAGUGCAAUGAUGAAUGUCGCUGUCUGAUUUCUUGUGACAAUAAUAAGUCCAAAUGCUUGACCGGAUGCCGGUCGAAAAAUAAUUACUGGAGCAGACGACGAUGCGCCUACUACUGUAACGACGAGUUUGCUGAAUGUUACGACGAAUGUCUGUGAUGAUUAUAUCAUCCAGACGAUAUACCGGUGACACCUCUGUCUCGUUAUACCUUUAAUGUGGACUGUUACAUUUAUCGAGAGGAGAAUCCUGUUUAUUUUAUCAUUUUACUGUAGAUGAGUAGAACUGAUACUUGACAAUCAAUCUAGAUAUGUUAGAACUAGCAUUUAAUAUGUGCAUUACAAUAGUUUCAAUACAUUUCAAAGAUAUUGUUUUAAUGAAAGUAACAGUAACUUCGUACUGUUUCUAAUUCUUCAGAAAACAAUAUAAAAAUAUAUAAGUGCAAGUAUAAUUAGAUAAAAAUAGCUUGUGUACAUGAUUGCAUAUAUUGACAUCUUGAAAACAUUGAAAGUGAACUUUGGUUCCAUCGUUAUGCAGUACUGGCUUUCUAGAAUCUUGUUAUGAUCCCUCUCUUAUAUUUGUAUUUAAAGCAACGUAUAAUUUGUGCAUAAUAGAUACAUAUUUUAAAAAUAUGUUCAUCAGUUUUUAAAUACUUAUUAUUUAUUGUUAUUUUGCUGUUGCCCUUUUAGUUCAUGUGUUUGUUUGUUGAGAAAAUAAAUCAA